CAUGUGAACCACAAAAGUUUGGGAACCAAUUUAAAACAAGUCAUAGUUUGGGGAUGUGUGUUUAGAAUUUUUUUGGAGGCUGCAAAUUUUAGGUCGAUGGCCAUUGUCAUAGCUGUGAUUCUUCUAUUUCUCGGCAUUGGAAUGCUGGUUUUAGUCCAUGUUUGUAUAGUAGGCGGAUCCUUCAUCAUGAGAGGAUUCCGAAGCCCUUCGAGAUUCGACAUAAACGACAACAAUGAUGACGACCACACGAACCGAGCUAUGUCCGAGGAUGAUGUUCGGAAGCUCCCGUGUUAUGAUUACGAAGUCAAGGACGACGAAGAGAAGAGUUCUUGGUUUACAGUAUUGGAUUGUGCUGUGUGCUUGGAAGAGUUCAAGAUGGGUGAAAGGUGCAGGCUUUUGCCACUCUGCAAGCAUAGUUUUCAUGCUGAAUGUGUGGAUUCAUGGCUUUUGCAGAACCCCAUUUGCCCCGUUUGUCGGACGGACGCCGGUUCGGGCGAGUCGGGGUCGGUUUUAGGCGCGCAAACAGGGCAUCAGGGUGAAGAUUUUCUGGAGUUGAGAGAGCAUCAUAGCCGGGGAAGCACCAAUUUAGGUGAUGUUAGAAUUGAAGUAAGAAAUUCGACUUAAACGACGAUGACGACAACAGCAACACGAAUCGGACCGUGUACGAGGAUGAUGUUAAGAAGCUUACAUGCUAUGAUUACAAAGCAAAAGACAAAGGGAAUGGUAGUAAUCAAGUCUUGGAUUGUGUUGUCUGCUUGGAAGACGUGAAGAUGGGUGAAAAAUGCAGGCUUUUGUCACUUUGCAGACGUAGUUUCCGUGCUGAAUUUGUGUUGGAUUCAUGGUUUUUGAAGAAUCCCAUUUGCAUCGUUCGUCGAACUAGCACAGGCGGGCGAGCCGGGGUCGGUUUUAUGCGA